UGUCAUAAAGGAUUUAUGCAGCUCCUUCUCCCUUGUUCUUCUCUUUGUUCAAGCCCUCCUCGUUCCCAGACACCUCUGGACAGCCACAGAGCUCUGGAAAUAGAAAGCCAUAGCAGUGGAGAGAAAAACAGCUUCCAGUCUGAAGAAGAUUUCCUUGAAAGGAGGAAAGAGGUAGAAAGGCUCCUGAAGAAAAAUGCAGACUGGAUAUGGGAUUGGUCCAGCAGGCCAGAGAACAUCCCUCCAAAGGAAUUCCUUUUCAAACACCCCAGGCGCACAGCCACACUCAGCAUGAGGAACACCAGCGUCAUGAAGAAAGGGGGGAUCUUCUCAGCAGAGUUCUUGAAGGUUUUCCUCCCAUCUCUGCUUCUCUCCCACUUGCUCGCCAUUGGACUGGGGAUUUACAUUGGAAGGCGCCUCACCACCACAGCUUCGAGCAGUUCUUUCUGAAGGCACGUGGCAUGGGCUCAGAGCAAAGAUUCACCUGGGAACACAGGAGGUGACCUGCAGGAACACCUAUGCUAGCAAUGACUGCGAGAUCAGUGUGCACUCAUUCUGUAUCUACUGUGUUCCUAGCUUAGUAAGAAUGGGAAAAGACACUAGAGCUAAUAAUCUCAUACAUAGUCUUCUGGAGCAGCACACAAUGCGUCUGAAUCACGCUCAAGCAUCUGCUGCCUUGCUUUGCAGUGAAGUAUCUCUGAAAACUCAGAUCAAGUGGUGUUUAAAAACAAAAGCUUAGCUGUAGUUGAGUAUCUCGCUGAGUCACAGCUGCAAUAUUGAAAUGCUGUUUCUUUAUACUUUAUAGACCUGGAUGUUCGUCACUGCUCUGCACUGGUGACGCUGAGGGAUUAGCCCAGAACAACGUGUGGCCUUAUGUAUCAUAGUCAGGAAUUCACUGUAAGCUUUCACCUCUCUCGAAGCUGUUUCCUUUUAGAUGUUGCUCAGCUCUCUUUCACUUUUAUGUGAGACGUGGAACGGUCACCUGGAAGGAAUUGCUCUAUUGGUGAAACUUCCAUCAGUUUUUACUACUACAGUGUGUGAUGUGCAACAGCCCAAAAUGAGAUGUGGACCUUAGUGCAUAAUAGUUCCUUCUGCAAAGGCGUUAAUUUAUCUUCCCAGCUAAUUGGAGCUCCUCCUGGUGUAUCCCACAGGUUGUUGCUUCUCAAUCUUUUUACCUGUAAAAUAAGUUUGCAUCUUCUAUUUGCCUCAUCCUUGUAUAAACUUAAGGUCUGAUUGCCUGCUUGUUUGUACUAAUGGAAUGCCUUUUCAUUCAGUAAUUCUAUCUUAUUUAAUGAGAAAAAAUGGAUGUUUGCCAAAUGAUGUUUUGUAUAUUUCAAUAGAACAGUUCCUCACGGA